AUGGAUCUUACAGAGGGCACACAGACAGAUGACGACCAAGUACUAUUUGAUGAUCGAGAUUUAUUGUUGUUCGAAGAACCACCAGAUUUUAGAUCAUCAACACCUCCACCGUCAUUUACAACAUUUACUCGAGAUAUUAAAUACAUAAUAGAACAAGAAGGAGGAGAAAGCAACAGCGCAAAAUUUAGAGAUAUAACUGUACGUCUUGUGGGAUCACAUCCACUCUGGGGCCAUUAUUUAUGGAACGCGGCAAAAUGUUUGGCUAAUUAUUUAGACGAAAAUAAAGAAUUGGCGCGUGGAAAAAAUGUAUUGGAAUUCGGUGCUGGUGCUGGGUUACCUUCAUUGAUUGCGAAUAUUAAUGGUGCUGCAAAGGUUGUUAUCACAGAUUAUCCUGAUGAACAAUUAUUAGACAAUAUCAAAUAUAAUGUCGCGAAUAUAUUUUCAAAUAUAAAAGAUCGUGAGAGAAUUAUAAUAAUGGGAUACAUAUGGGGAAAAGACACGACCCCUCUUCUUAACUCGCUGGAUCCAACAGGCAGGACAAAAUUCAACACAAUAAUUCUAUCAGACUUGAUAUUUAAUCAUUCUCAGCACCAUUCACUUUUACGCGCAUGUAAAGAAUGCAUUGAUCCAAUAGACGGACAAAUUCUCGUCUUCUUUACACAUCAUCGACCGAAUCUUAUAGAUCGUGAUUUGAAUUUUUUUGAAUUGGCUAUUAAACAACCGUUUAAUCUUUUAGCAGAGAAGAUUUUGGAGCGUAGAAUGGUGCCGAUGUUUGAGAAUGAUCCAGGGAGUGAGUUUGUGAGAGCCACCGUUUACGGUUAUCGAUUAACUAUGAUUGAUUCGUCUUAA